AUGGAUAUAGACGAAGAAACAUAUAAAAUUGAAAAAGAGUUGUGGGUUACCGGACAUAACGGUGGUUCUAUGUCGGAAAUUAAUUCUGUUGCUGGCGUAUUGCUAGUUAGUAUGAUACUAUCUUCAGAACCCAAAAAUGAAGCAGAACCCAAACCGAAAAAAUCAUAUUGGGCAAGAGAACGUGAAGGAGGAGACAGUAGUGACAGCGAUAAUGAUAAUAGUAAUGCAAAUGAGAUGGAAUUCCUUGUAAAUCAAACUGUGAAAGUUGUUGGGGAUGAGGAGGAGGAGCGCUACGAGGAUGGUGAUGAAAAUAGUGAAAGAUGGAAAAAAGAAAAAAGGAUAAAUUCACAUAAACCUUUUCUGAGUGCUCAUAGAGCUGGCAUGGUGAUUUUGACUUGCAUUUCGAUUUUGGCUGUAGAUUUUCCUGCAUUUCCGAGACGUUUUGCUAAAGUUGAGACAUUUGGUACUUCAUUGAUGGAUCUUGGCGUUGGAUCAUUCGUCUUUUCAGCGGGUAUCGUGGCCGCGAAACCAUUUCUAAAGAGACCUGAGAAUCGAUUUAAACCGCUCAGCGGACAGUUAGUCCGUGUUUCUCGACAAUCCAUACCAAUCUUAGCAUUAGGUUUUAUACGAUUAUUGACGGUAAAAGGAGUAAAUUAUCAG